UUGGCAGCAUCUCGUUUUUACCCCUGAAAAAAAAAAAGAUCUCGCACUUUUAAAAAGGCACGCCUCUAACUCGCUUCCUUUCAUCUACCGUCAUCAUAAACUAGAUCUGUCGCAUCUUCUUUCUAACAACUCUUCAAUACAAGAUCUCUCAUCGACUCAUCUCUACGACCCAUUAACUCAGUACAGAAAAAAGAAUGCUCGGAAAAGAUCGACCUCAUCCUCUUCAACUCUCUGCAGGAGCGAGCAGGCCGGGCAAGGUUGACACGUCGUACUCAUGGCUGGCCAUGUACUUCUUCCUCAACCUCACUCUGACGAUCUACAACAAGGCCAUCCUCAGCACAUUUCACUUUGGAUUCCCUUGGACCCUCACGGGUAUCCAUACGCUCUGUUCCGGUGUCGGCGCCUAUAUCAUGGGACAGAUGGGGUACUUCACACCCACACAACUUGGCGAGCAGGAGAACAUGAUCAUGCUAUCGUUUUCAUUUCUGUACACACUCAACAUUGCUAUCAGUAACGUCUCAUUAAACGAAGUAUCUGUAGCCUUUCACCAGGUCGUACGUGCCAUGACGCCAGUCUUCACUAUUGCAAUCUCGGUCGCCUUCCUUAGCAAGAAAUACAGCGCCAUGACCUAUCUGUCGUUGGUUCCUCUGCUUCUGGGAGUAUACAUGGCCACGGUCGGGGACUAUUCUUACACAGCAAUGGGAUUCUUCCUCACGAUUUUGGGCACAGUGUUGGCUGCAACAAAGACGGUGGUGACGAACCGAAUCCAGGUUGGACGGCUUCAACUUCACCCUCUCGAUUUGCUGCUCCGCAUGAGUCCUCUGGCAUUUGUGCAGACGGUUAUUUUCUCCUGGAUGAAGGGCGAGUUGGACGAGGUGGUGUCAUUCUGUAGGACGGAAAUGAGUUAUAAGCUUGUUUUGGCUUUGAUGGUCAAUGGUGUUAUCGCCUUCUUCCUCAACUACGUCUCAUUUACCGCCAACAAGAAGACCAGCGCUCUUACCAUGACCGUCGCAGCUAAUGUCAAGCAAGUGCUGUCGAUCGUUGUUGCGGUGACGGUGUUCAACACCAAGAUCGGAUUCUUGAAUGGACUGGGCAUUAUCAUGACUCUUCUUGGAGGCGCAUGCUACAGCUAUGUGGAUCUUCGGGAAAAGGCUCAGCGGAUGCGGCCUCCAACACCAGCGCUCCCUCAACCAUCACCCAGUGAACCAACACUCUCAGAAAAGGACGGCGAGGAGCUCUUGAACGUCAAGAUAUUGAACCAGUAGAAAAAAAAUACCUGGUACGACCCUUUCAGGAACAAACACUCCCUUCCAACCUUUCUAUUCUCUUUUUCACUUUUUCACUUUUUUUUUGGGGGACAUUUUCGCCGUCGAAUAUCACGUAGAGCUGGACUUUUUUAUCGUGAUAUAUCCCUAUUUUCGCUAUG